AAGCAAAUGCUCUCGUGUUCUGUAGAACAACCUGGACUGAAGCAAAUCCUGCCGACCUCCUCGCUAAGAUUCAGGUAGAAGAGUUUGUCUUUUAAUUGAUUUUUUUUUUUUCCCAGCAAUUAUACACUAGCAUUGAGUGCAGAGUAUUAUUUUUAGGCUUGUCUGAUAAUUAUUUCUUAUAAGGAUAAAAAAUUAAUGAACUACAUAGCGUGGUUUGUCUUAGAGAAUAAAAAGAUUUUUAGUUUCAGAGAAAAGGAUAGAUAUAUUCUAUCGCAAUCAAAAUGUUUGGUAUAAGGUGGUAAGAGAUUCUCCAGCUACAGAUAAAAUAUAUAGCAGAUAUGGACUUAUGACAUUUUAUUGCACUAAGCCAUCUUUCUGUUAUCUCGAGCAUCCAGGAGAGAAUAACAUAUAUCUAACCUGAAUAAUGAUCUAGAAAACAGAUACAAAGUCUGCUUCAUAGCAAUAACAUUACAUGGUUUGUAAUUAUCAAAGGGUGAUUAUGGUAAGUGCUGUAAAAGUCCCUGCUGAAGCAGUAACCUGAAUUUCCCUCAUUCCUCUUUUGUAUUAUAGCUAGAUCAAGAAUGAUUGGUUUGCUGUGUUCUGUCAUCUGAUUAACAUUUCCUUAUUAAAGCUACACCUACAUUUAGACUAAGUCAUAGCUUUAAUGAUGAAGACUUUUGUACGAAUGAAGCUUUCAUGGAUUACUAUGCCCUUAUUCAUCAUCCCCAACCUGUGCUAGCAUACAGACUUGGGAGAAGCCCAGCUAGAGCGAGAUGAGGUCAAAUCUGAGCUACAAAAGGAAAACCAUUCAUGCACCCUAUUGUAUUGCAAAUAAUAAUAAUAAUAAUAAUAAUCAGCAAAGCUAGUACUAUAAAACCUUGGUGUUCCUAGAUCAUUACAUUUGCUGCUAGCUUAACCACCAGCUUCUGCUCAUUGGUAAACCGUUACUACUUGAGUAGUGCAUAGGAAGUGGAAAAUCCUCACUCAGUAGGAAGAAUUAAGAACAAGCGGAGCAGUGACAGCACUGGGUCUGCUCCAGCUCAUGCAGUCCACCUUCAGAGGUGCUAAGUCCAGGCUCUGACAUUACCCUUUGACUUCCAGAAGCUGAAACAAUCCUGGGGCUGCAGGCAAUUUUCUUCAGGAAGCUCUUAAAGGGCAGAGAAGAUUCUCUUCAGAAGAGAAAACACGCUGUCUCUUAAGAAGGUGGAAGAGGAGUUGGGAAAUGAUAGAUCACUGAGCCUGGCUUCAGUAUUUGGACUGGAGUCACCCGCUGGAGAAUCUGUUGUGAGCACCUAAACAACAUCUCAGCAGGGGGAGAUGACCAACAUCAGUGGGGAAUGCAACUUUACAAGCAUCGACAGAUUAGCAGAGACCCUCCGGUUUGGGAUCUCCAUUCCCACCUUCAUUCUUGGCUUGGUUCUCAACACCCUGGCCCUCUCAGUAUUCUGCUGCUUUUGGAAGAAACAAACCAAAACCUCAAUCUACAUGAUCAAUCUGGCACUUGCGGAUGUUCUGCUGCUUCUCUCCCUCCCACUUAAGCUGCACUACUCUGUUGCAGAAGCACCCGGACUCCUGUGUGCGUUUAUACAGUCACUGUACUUCGUCAAUACCUACGGCAGUAUCUUCAUCAUUGUUUGCAUUACUGUUGACAGAUAUAUCUGCUUAAAGCAUCCAUUUGAAGGUCGAGCUAACCAGUCCCCCAGGUGGGCAAUCUUGAUUUGCUGUUUUAUCUGGGCAGUAACUUGGCUUUGCAGCAGCCCAAUAUAUGUGUUUCAAAAGAAAGAUUCUUUAAAAUGUUUUCACAACAUGUCAGAUGAGGCCUGGAGUGUCCCUCUCAUCGUUUCUGUGGAGAUCUUCGGAUUUCUGAUUCCACUCUCAGUGAUGGUUUUCUGCUCUGCACAAAACAUAUGGAUUCUUCUGAAUCACAAAAACAGAGCCAAAGAGAAAGCAGAUUCCUUACGAGUCAUUAUCAUCAACCUUGUUGUCUUUUUGGUAUGUUUCACACCUGUCCAUCUUGCGAUCUGCCUACAGUGCCUGGUAAGACAGCAUGUGAUAGUGGACUGCCGCUUGAAACAGACCAUCAGCCUCUUCAUCCAGUUGUCAAUGAUACUAGCCAACCUCAACUGCUGCCUGGACGCCAUCUUCUAUUACUUUGCUGCCAAAGAAUUCCGUGAAAAAACACACCUGAAAAAAAUUAUUGAACGAUGCCCUGUCUUUAAGCCAUGUGCCACAUGACAGGACCUUUUGCAGUAGAAGAAUGCCUCUUCCUCAGCUGCCACUUGCUGUGCAGAUGGGACACAGACAGCAUUAUUCCUGAUGUGGCAGUAAGGCCAGCUUGGCCAUUGCAGGAAGUGCACAGGAGGGAGAAGGACAAUAUUUUUCUCAUGAAUGUGAAUAUUUGUCUUCAUUUUUAGAGAUCAAAGGGGAAGAAUAUGGGGAAAAAAGAACCAGCAUUAUGAAAAUAUCAGUGAUGCCAAAAGAAGCAUUAGCCUUGAUGCAAUCUACUAAAUCUGAAAGGCUUGUCAGAGGAAAACUACCAAGGUCACUGGACUGCCAAUUUAAAUCAGCCUUUACCAUCGCCACAGUGGUUUUCCUUUCACCAGUGUGGUCAGAAACUUGUUGCUUUGGGCCAGUCAAACCCAGAAAUAACUUCAACACCUUCUUGCUAACUUAGAAGGUAACUGAGAGAUACAGAAAGUAUCUGGCCAAAAGUCUGGCUCUGCUCUUUCCUUCUGGAAACCGUGCAGAAGGUCUCUGUUGGAGCUCAUUUGCUCCAACAUCUUGGCUGGCCCUCCCGUAAGCAUUAUAAACCAUCAUACACCAGCCAGGGCUGUUUCACAGAUGACCAGGCUGCCCAGUACAUGACAACAUCUCUUUAUACAACACCCUAUCUUGGGUAACAGCAAUGAACAACAAACCUUUCUGAUAAUUGUCGCUAAGGAACCUGCAUGGUUUUAUCCUGCAACUUAAAAACAGCUUUUGCACAUAAAAAACAAAAUAACCCCUUCAAAUACUGCAUUUAGUGAAAGACUGUACAUACUGAAGCGUAGGUAUUCAUUCUAAGACAUAACAAGAUGUAUGAAAGUUUUCUGCCUGUCUUCUCAUUCUUUCUUAGGGAAGAAGACAUAGGUAAGCAACUACAAUAUCACAAACAUGAAAUAUAGUUUGGGAGCACUUCUCUGACGUACUCCAGGCUCCCAGACGAAACACUGGAUCAGCUCUAUCGCACUCCUUCCUCAGAGGAACCCUCCUAGCCUGGGCUUUCCAUUUCACAAAAUGUCUCUGGACGUGCCUUAAUCACCCUGGGCCAGCUCUUCUGGUAUGUCACUGCCUUUGGGCCAUUUGUACAUUUGGCCCUGAGAGGGCUUUAAAGCUUGUUAAUACUAGAUAUUGCCACAGCUGAGUCAUGAGAGGAGCUCAGACAAACAAAGGUUUUUAUCAUCACCUUUGCCAUUAUCUGCUGUUAUGCUCGAGUAAAAGCUUUACAAAACAGGAGGUCUGCAAAACAUUAUUUGCUACUGUCUCCGUCAUUCAGAAACCUGCAUCCUUUUCAGUAUGAGAUAGCCUUUCUUGUACUUUUUGCAUUACUUUGCAUAUGAAAUGUGUGUUUUGGAAAUAACAUGUUCUAGAAAAUAAACUGUAUGUGUGAAACGUA